AUGAAAAGAGCGUGGAUUUCCGAUGAAAAGGAGAAAAGAGAGCAUGCUACAUAUUUAAGAAAACCAACUACAGAAGACAUCCAAAGGUUACUUCAUAUAGGUGAAGCGCGUGGAUUUCCAGGCAUGUUGGGUAGUGUAGAUUGCAUGCAUUGGCAAUGGAGGAACUGUCCGGUGGCAUGGAAGGGACAAUAUACUCGUGGAGAUCAAUGUGGACCAACUGUCAUGUUAGAAGCAGUUGCCUCACAUGACCUGUGGAUAUGGCAUGCAUUUUUUGGGGUUGCUGGGUCAAACAAUGAUAUCAAUGUCCUUAAUCGAUCACCUUUGUUCACUGAUGUAGUACAAGGAAGAGCUCCAGAGGUUCAUUUCACAGUCAAUGGCAACGAGUACAACAUGGGAUACUACCUAGCAGAUGGUAUUUAUCCAGAGUGGGCAACAUUUGUGAAAACAAUUCAUUUGCCUCAGUGUGGAAAAGACAAAUUAUUUGCAGAACACCAAGAGGGAGCAAGAAAAGAUGUGGAACGUGCUUUUGGUGUUUUGCAAGCUCGAUUUGCCAUUCAACGAAGCCCAGCACGUAUGUGGCAAGUGCGAUCACUCGCUGAAAUUAUUUAUGCAUGUAUUAUAUUGCAUAACAUGAUUGUGGAGGAUGAAAGGGAUUCUUUUAGAGUUCGAUAUGAUGACAACUACGAGCAUGAGUACCACGAGAGUAGCUCAUCUGCACCAUUGUUAUAUGGACAUGGGCCCAUUCAUGGAUUUGCUAGGGCUCUAGAGAUACAAGAAGGCAUACGUGAUCGAGAUAUGCAUCGUCGUCUAAAGGCGGACUUGAUUGAGCAUAUAUUUCAGCGCUUUGGAGGCGCCCAAGCUUAG